AAUCCACCUUCACAGAUGGCGUUGAAAGGGAGAGAGUUAGCGGUCGAGAAAAGACAGAAGUAGAGGAAUGGGAUCGAAAGCAGCUACACCGCCAUACCCAAGUGCUGCGAGAAUAGCAGAUUCUAUGUGCUACGCACAAUACACUGCCUCUCUCAAAUGCCUGGAAGAGUUCAGUUCAGACAAGAGUAAAUGUCAAGAGCAUUUUGAUGUUUACAAAGAAUGCAAGAAAAAGGAGAGGGAAGCUCGGUUGGAACGCAACAGGAGUAGGUCCUUCUUCUCAUGAGAAAAGUUUUAGACGUCUCCUUGCAUUAUAUCUUGUAAGCAAUCAUCCAUGAUCUCAUAGGGAAUGCUAAUCUUAUUUUCGUUUCUGGAUCCAUUGGAUUCCAACACAAGUUGUAGAACUUAAGUUAUAUGUUAUGACAUAAGAAGUUGUUAGAUAAUGUACUCUUUUUUGAACUAAAAAUUAUAAUAAUAACAUACUCUACAUUCACGAAA